GGGAGCCCCCGUGCACGGUGGGAGGGCAGGAAGAUGGCGGCGCCCGUGAGGCGCACCCUGCUUGGGGUGGCGAGGGGCUGGCGGCGGUUUGAGGGGCUCCGGGCCGGGAGCCUGGCUUCUCGCAGCCUGGCCCUUGCGGCCGCAUCCCUGGGCAGCGGGUCUCCAUGGCGCCUGUUGGGCGCGUUGUGCCUGCAGCGGCCACCGUUGGUCUCGAAGCCGCUGACGCCGUUGCAGGAAGAGAUGGCGGCUCUACUAGAGCAGAUCGAGAUAGAGAGGAGCCUGUAUUCAGACCAUGAGCUUCGUGCUUUGGAUGAAGCCCAGCAACUGGCAAAGAGGAAAGCUGACUUCGGCGAUGAAGACGAUGAACAGAACAUACUGCUGGUGCAGGAUUUGGAAGAUGCGUGGGAACAGAAAUUCCUGCAGUUCAAACCCGGAGCCCGCAUAACAGAAGCUGAUGAAAAGAAUGACAGAACCUCGCUGCACAGGCAGCUAGACAGGAACCUUGUUCUGUUGGUCAAAGAGAAGCUUGGAGAUGAGGAUGUUUGGAUGCUUCCCCAGGCAGAGUGGCAGCCCGGGGAGACCCUCCGAGGAACAGCUGAGCGGAUCCUGGCCACACUGUCAGAGAACAACAUGGAGGCCAAGUUCCUGGGAAAUGCACCCUGUGGCCACUACAAGUUCAAGUUCCCCCAGGCAGUGCGGACAGAGAGGAGCCUCGGGGCCAAAGUUUUCUUCUUCAAAGCCCUGCUGCUCACCGGAGACUUUUCCCAGGCCGGGAAGCAGGGCCGUCACGUGUGGGUCAGUAAGGAGGAGCUGGGUGACUACUUGAAGCCCAAGUACCUGGCCCAGGUCAGGAGAUUUCUCUUGGACCUCUGAGCGACUGGGCUGCCUGGGGGCGAUGCCUGGGCAGGUCUGCCGCUGGGCCCUCAGGGACGUCGUGCGGUUGCCCCGUCUUUGCAGGGUAUCAAGCAGCAAACUGAAUUCUGAGAAAUAAACGAGUUUGUCCUUG